AUGGCUGAUUACUCGUCAUGGAAGGUCGCAGACCUGAAGGCGGAGCUCAAAACCCGGGGUAUUCCUCAGACUGGUCUCCGUCUCAAGCAGCAGUUUAUCGACAAGCUAGCCGAGGAAGACGCCAAAGCGCAAACCGAGGACGCGACCGCAGCGCCCGUCGAGGAGGUUUUAGAGACCGACGCCCAGCCGGAAGCCGCUCCUGAAAUCCCUUCUCGGACUGAGGAGCUGCAGCACGAGCUGCAGCAACCGGAAGAGCCUCAAACACAUGUGGCACAAGAGCAACCACUGCCCGAGCCCCAAACGAACACAGGCGAGGUGCACGAUGAAGAGAAAACUACAGAGGUCAAGGAUACACAUCAAGAAGGGCAAGGAGCUGGCACUGCCCGGGCGCUUAUUUCGGAGAAAGGCGCAGAACAGGCUGCUCCGUCUGAGGUGAUCGCAGUGGCAGCAGAACGAGUUGAGCAGGCUCCUGGAGAUGCAGGCGAGCAUGCUCCGUUGGAAACUGCAGCGACCACCGAGAUCGCACCCACCUCAGCCCCCCAAACAUCGGAAGCAAAUACAGAGCUGUCAACUCCUCUUCCUCUCGAAGAAGCCCUGGAAGAUAAGCGGAAGCGGAAGCGUCGCAGUCAGAGCCCCGUCCCUACCUCCGAGGCGAUCGCGCAAAAGAAGGCUCGAGCGAAGGAGGAGAGCCCCCAGUCGACAUUGAGAGACGACAUACCUGCUGGAGCAGCAAUCAAGGAUUUUGCCCAAGAGGGGAAUAAAGAACCCGCGGUACCAGCUAAACAGGAUGCACGGUUCCGGGGCCUGUUUGCUGCAGAAGCAGUGCCUCCUCAGCCAUCUUCUCCAGUCAAGGAUGUGACAAUGGACGACGCGAACAUGGAACCUGCCCUCCAUCCUGCUACCUGUUCACUCUACAUUGACGGCCUUAUGCGCCCUUUACAGCCCAAUGGGCUUCGCAACCACCUCAUCAGUCUGGCAUCUACACCCGGGGAAACAUCGGCCCCCGACUUGGUCAAGGAAUUUUACCUUGAUCCCAUUAAGACACACUGUUUCGUCAGUUUCGGCGACAUUGCGGCAGCUUCACGGGUCCGAUCUGCUCUCCACGGGACGGUAUGGCCGAACGAGCGUAACCGGAAGAAUCUUUGGGCAGACUUUAUCCCCGACGAGCACGUUCAAGAAUGGAUCCGCACCGAGGAGGCGGCACGGGACCGGUCUGGUCCUCCGGUCCGCUUUGAAGUCCAGUACGAAUCGAACGAUGGUCGAACUACUGCCAUCUUAGCGGAGGCAGGAUCAAACUCGCGCUCCGGUGCGGCCAAACCGCGCGAGCCUGGCUUCAAUCGAACACCGCCAUUGGGCCCUCGUGGCAGUGUUGCUCAGGCAGAUCGCCGCCCUUCCAACGCUCCACCCGCUCCUCCUUCGCGACCGGGCCAAGGGUUCAAGCCUUUAGAUGACCUAUUUGAAUCAACCACCACGAAGCCCAAGCUCUACUAUCUUCGUGUUCCUCGACAGGUGGCGGACAAACGCCUGGACCAGUUCGACGAGUUAAUCCGCAAAGGUCAGGUCCCGCGCCGCGGCGGGGACGAGAUGCGCCGGAUCACAUUUGAAGACGAGGACUAUUUCGUGGACGGUGGCCCGGAGUAUGGCCCCCGAGCUCUGAAUCGUCGUGGCGGCGGACGAGGAGGUGGACGAGGUCGCGGACGAGGCGGGGAUCGUCGAUGGUGA